AAAAAACAGAAGAAAAACAAAAGAAGAAUACAGUAGGAACUGUCUUCACUUUCUUUCUCUUCUUUUUGUGCCACCCCAUUUGCUUUCUCGUUUUCUUUCAAAGCAAAACAAUUGAAUAAAGAAAAAGCAACCAACCAUUACGACUUCAUAGCUGUUUUGCUAAGCCAAAAAAAAUUCCCUUCAGUUUCAAUUUCCCAAGUUUUAAAAGCCCCGAGGUUUCUGGGUUUUUCCAGCUAUUGGGUUGAUCUUCAUUUGAUUGCUCUGUCUUUCACUUAAUUCUACCUCUAAGGUUGGAAAUUGAGAAGAAAUAAAUUUAUAUAUAUAGUGAGAGAUGGGGCUUGAAAGAUUGGAAUUUGGAGUUAGAGUUAGGAAAUUUAUGGUGAUAUCAGUUAAAACAUGUCAUAGAUCGGUUCGGAAUCAUCCAUUUUGGGUUGGCUUGUUUUGUUUUUUGAUUUUUUUGAAUAGAUCAUUUCCUUUGUUGUUUUCUGUAUUGGUUACCGCAUCUCCUGUUUUGGUUUGCACUGCUGUUUUGCUUGGUACUCUUUUGAGUUUUGGGUCACCAAAUAUACCCGAAAUUGACGAAAAGGAAGAAGAAGAGAAAGUUAGUCAUGAAGUUUCACAAUUGAAAACUGGGGCUACGGAGGAUGAUACUGUUUUCGAGAGAGGUGGUGGUGAUGAUGAUUUUGUUGUUGAAAGAUAUGUAGGGAAGAAGUGGGAUAUUGCAGACAAUGCUGAUGAGAAAGAUAAUUUGGUUGAUAAUGAGGUCAGUGAAGCAGAGGAAGAAAAUGGUUCAGUUCGCUAUAAGCCAUUGGUUGAUGAGGAUUUGGAUUCUAGGGAUAUUCAUUGUAAGAAUGGGAUGAUUGAUGAGUUGGAGGGAACAUUGAGUGGUUCAUUGUUGGAGAAGAAGUGGGAAAUUCGGGAAGAGAUGCUGGUGAGUGAAGGUGUGUUGAGUAUGGGAGAGGCUGCAGAUGAUCGACAUCUUUUAGCAGAUGAGGUAGGAGAUAGGAAUCUUGAAGUGGAGGAUGGUAAACGCAAUGCAGGUUUCAGUGAUGUACCAAGGGUUGAUGAAUUGGAUUCUUCUCUGGUGUCAUCUUGGAAAUGCACCGCAGAUGAUGAGGAUGAUGGUGUUGAUGAAGAUGAUGAUGAAUCUUUGGAUUCUGGUUCUGAUAGUGCUGAGAGUUCUUCUCCUGAUGCUUCAAUGGCAGAUAUAAUUCUGAUGCUUGAUGAGUUGCAUCCACUUUUGGGCCCUGAAGCUCUACACCCAGCUCAGUUAUCUCAUGAUCGUCUGGAUUCUGCCUCAGAGAGAUCUCAUGGCAGCAAUAAUGAUGAAAGUGUUAACUUGUAUGAGUUAGAAAACCAGAGGGAGGAAGAUAAUGAUGGAGAGGAGGAUGAAGGAGGGGAAAAGGGAGAUAAAGAGGAUGAAAGUAAAUCUGCAAUUAAAUGGACAGAUGAUUAUAAGAAGAAUCUCAUGGAUUUGGGGACUUCAAAGCUUGAAAGAAACCAACGAUUGGAGAAUCUUAUUGCAAGGAGUAGAGCCUGUAAAAACAUGAGAUUGAUGGCUGAGAGGAAUCUAAUAGACUAG